AUGGUGGGGUCGUCGGAGGCCAUCAUGCUGGCGGGGCUCGCCUUCAAGCGCCAGUGGCAGAACAGGCGCAAGGCGCAGGGCAAGCCGUACGACAAGCCCAACUUCGUUUGCGGCUCGGAAGUGCAGGUGGGUCAUUUCGCUGCGCCAGACGAGGUGUGCUGGGAGAAAUUUUCCAACUACUUCGAAGUGGAGACGCGGUUCGUGAACGUGAAGGAAGGGUCGUUCGUGAUGGACCCUCACGAAGCCGUGGAGGCCGUCGACGAAAACACUAUCUGCGUUGCGGGCAUUCUCGGGUCCACCUAUAACGGGGAAUUCGAGAACAUCAAGCUUCUCAACGACCUUCUCGAGGAGAAAAAUGCCAAGACCGGGUGGGACACGCCGAUCCACGUGGACGCGGCGAGCGGCGGGUUCGUGGCGUCGUUCCUCUUCCCGGACCUGGAGUGGGACUUCCGGCUGCCGCUCGUCAAGUCCAUCAACGUGAGCGGGCACAAGUUCGGGCUCGUGUACCCGGGCGUCGGGUGGGUGGUGUGGCGCUCCAAGGUGGACCUCCCGGAAGAUCUCGUGUUCCAUGUCAACUACCUGGGCGCCGACCAGCCCACCUUCACGCUCAACUUCUCCAAAGACACAACACACAUCCUUCCCUCUCUCCCUUCCCUCUCUCCCUUUCCUCUCUCCCAUUCACCCUCUCCCCUUCCCUCUCUCCCCUUCCCUCUCUCCCCUUCCUCUCUCCCCUUCACCCUCUCCCCUUCCCUCUCUCCCCUUCCCUCUCUCCCUUUCCUCUCUCCCCUUCACCCUCUCCCUUUCCCUCUCUCCCCUUCCUCUCCCUGUUAA